UUACCAAAUGCACAGAGAACCUCAACUAUGUUAAAACUUCUUAUUUUUUUGCUACUCUUUAGGACAGGCUUCAUCACAUCUGCUGGUGUCGUUCAAAAGAAAGUCCUGGAGACCUUCGCUGCGGGUGAAACUAUAACUUUAGAGUGCUUGUUACCUGAAGAGCAAGAGAACUACCUCUCCUGGUUCAAGCAAUCUCUGGGAGAAGCUCCAACAUGCAUCCUCAGUCUCUAUGCUGACGCUUUAACGCCAACGUUUUAUGGAGACUUCAAGCACGACACAAGAUUGACAGCUGUAAAGAAAAAUAAUUAUUUUACUUUGACGAUAAAAGACUUAAAGCCAUCAGACACUGGAAUCUAUUACUGCGGCGCUCGGGACUAUGAUCAUAUAACUUUCGGUAACGGACUGUUUUUAAACUAUAAAGGGGUAAAAACAAGACAACAUCACGUUAAGCAGUUUUUAUCAGCAGUGAACUCGAGCACAUCUGUAAAAGAAGAGUUUAACCCAGGAGACUCUGUGAAUCUUCACUGUACUGUUCUUACUGAAAGAUGUGAGGGGAAUCACAGCAUCUACUGGUUUAGACAUGAAUCAGGAGAUACACAUCCAGGAAUCCUUUACAAGCAUGGAAACAGAAAUGAUCAAUGCAGUAAGAGCUCUGAGAAAGAUUCCCAUUCACAGUCUUGUAUCUACAAUCUCCCCAAUCUCAGUUUAACUGACGCUGGGACUUACUACUGUGCUGUGGCCAUGUGUGGAGAGAUACUGUUUGGAAAUGGAAGUAGGCUUGAAAUUGGAGAACCAAAUUCGGAGUUGGCCUGGACUGACUUAAAGGUCACAGCUUUGGUAGUCACAAAUAUAUUGUGCUUGGUGAUCAUCGCCAUCCUUCUAUGUAAGAGAGCACAAAAACGACAAGAAACAUUUUCUGAAACCCGGCCGUUACAAACAACGCUUUCUUCGUCUCCUGCUAAUGAGGGUGUACCAGUGGAGCUCAGUUACGCAGCGGUACAUUUCCCUGGAAGAAACGCAAACAGACAUGAGACUGAAAGUGCAUGCACAAAUGUAGUGUACUCAGCUGCUAGAGAUCAGAGUAGUAAAUAA